UCCAGUUUCACUCUCAUCAUUUUCUUCUUCCUUGGCAUCUCUCUGAGACUAUUCAUUACACUUGCUCCCAUAUUUAGGAUAACAAAGGUCCCAUCGCAUUUUAUAAGCUUCUUGUCCUACAUUUCUCUCUAAUAACUAACAAAAGUAACCAAAACUCCUCUCUGUAGCUGUUACCAUCUUUCUCUAUCAACCAUACAACACAAUAAUACUAUACACUGUAGACUACUGUGAGGUUAUUUGGCAGGUAUCAGUGAGAAAACACACAUUGUGAGCUGGAAAAAAAAUGCAAGUUUAGCUUCAAUUCUGGAUCUAUUGUGAAAACGAAAAACUCCAUUUUGAAUUAUACCUAAAAAAACCAAAUGGGGGUUUUGGUAGAUUCUUGGUGUUUCUGUAAUGGAGGUGGAAAGUCUGAGAGAAUGAAAGCUUCCAUUUUUUCCACCAAAGGUCCUGCUAUGGUCCAUAUUGCUAGUAGCGACACUGGUUUCUUGAUCCACCGGAAUCUUUUGCUCACCGCUCACGUUAUUCUCCCUUCUGUUGCUGCUGCUGAAGCUGCUGAGAUCCGUCUUCAAAAUGGCGUCGCCGCUGUCCUUUUCCCUCACAGAUUCUUUAUAACCAGUUCUGUAUUAGAUCUGACAAUAGUUGGCCUUGAUGUCAUGGAUGGAGACACAAAUGCACAUGUUCAGCAGCCUCACUACCUAAAAACCUGUUCCAAACCUAAUUUGGAACUAGGUAAUGUCAUUUACCUGCUAGGAUAUAGCGAGGAAAAGGAGUUGACAGUUGGUGAAGGAAAAGUGAUAAUAGCCACUGAUAAUCUCAUAAAGCUGUCAACUGAUGGCAUAAGCUGGAGGCCAGGUUCUGCUGGUUUUGAUGCUCAUGGCAAUCUUGCAUUCAUGGUAUGUGACCCUAUGAAGCUUGCGACAUCUCCCAACUCAAAAUCUUCAACCACUUCACCAUCCUCUUCAUCAUCAAGGAAGAAGGAAUAUCCCAUGCAAUUUGGUAUACCUAUCCCCAUAAUAUGUGACUGGCUAAACCAGCAUUGGGAGGGAAACCUUGACGACCUCAACAAACCCAAGUUACCAAUAAUUCGGUUGAUGUCAACUGGUCAAAAGAGCGAUCAUUCUUGUGCUUCCUUCACCAUGAGGCGUGUUUUUAAGUCAACUGAAGCUGAAAAUGGGGGGACUCCAUCAUCAUCAAACAGAUUGUCAAAACCUAGAGAGCAGUAUGGACCUAGCUGCUCCGCUGUUGCAACUAAUAUGGAAGAGGAAGCAUUAACUACUCAUCCUCAUGCUGUCACUCAUGUACAUGGAAUUCCAACUCCUGAAAUUUAUGAGUCACGAAAUUUAACUUCAGUGCCUGUUAGGAUGAAGGAAGGUACUCACAUCCAGCUUUUGGAUAUUAACUUUCCACCCAGGAUUGCCAAAUUUCCCGGCACACCGCAACCUGCCAGAAGAAUCCCUUCCAGCUUUGGUGAAAAUUUUGUCAACAAACCUCCCUUGGAGCAUCCAAUAAGAAAAGGUAAUAUAUGGCAAUCCAAUCCUGUGGCAGAUGCUGAGAUUGCUUCAACUGGAUCUGUAAAUGGGAUCCAGAGUGAAGUUCAAUUGAGUUCUUCUCCAAUAAGAAUAUUGGAAAUGGAAAAUGGAUACAGUAGUGAGGGAGAGAUAACAAUGUAUUCUGCGGAAACUGCUGAAAGUCGAAAUUUUCCAAGUCCUAGAGAGGGAAGGUUUCAACAGGUAGGGAGGAGUCAAAGUUGUGUGAACUACAAUCGAUGGGGAACAGCCCAACAAAAUGCGGGUGCUCGCAGAUCAAUGCUGCAACAGCAGAGGAGCAGUAUGCAAGGAAGGAAAGUCUACUCUCAAGGAGCAAAUUCUCAAAGGAGUAAUGACUAUUUUAACCCGACGGUAUCUUCAAUCAUGAAGAAACGGAACAACUUGGAGCCACAGACCAGACCUCGUCAAAGUGCAGUAAAUUCAUCACCAAGAUGGAAUUUCUGAUUUACAAACUUUAGAUAAAUCAUUCUUUUAGGCCAAGCUCUCUUUUUUUGGGCUUACACUGUAACUGUAUAUUGUGACUACAUGUGCAAAGGAAAUCCAAGAAGAAUAUUUUACUAGUAAAGGCACUCUAAUCAUCUGUGAUAUACAGCAGAGGCUCUAUUGGAUACUGCAAGAAAAUUUUACCAUAGCAGGUGCUAAUAUUCAGGGAAUUUUGAUUGCAU